AUGGGCCUGAAGGACCGCCUGGAUGAUGGAAUAGGCCGCAUCCUAGACCUGGGGCUGGAUUUAGACUACCUCCAUGUGGAGAGCACAGACCGGCAACCUGACAACAUGAGAGCUCCAUGGCCCACCGCCCAGGAUAAGGGUGUGGCGGAGGGUGCGGGGGGAGCCCACACCAGCAGCAGCGGCAGCAGCAGCUCCUCUGGGGACUCGGGAGACUCGGAGGAGAGCGCCGGGUCUGACAGUGAGGCCGAGCGGCUCCACGGCGCUGCCAGCGAGGGCCCAGGAGACAGCAAGUCGGGACACAGCGCUCAACGGCAGGUCUGUAACCCGGAGCCAGCACAGACCCAGCCGCCAGAGACCCCGCCGGGACAGCCUGUAGCCCCAGAUGUGCUCAGGGAGUACCGCACUAAGAUGGAGUUCGCCCUGAAGCUGGGCUACACUGAGGAGCUGGUGCGGCUGGUGCUGAGCAAGCUGGGGCCUGACGCCCUCACCAACGACAUCCUGGGAGAGCUGGUCAAACUGGGCAGCAAGGCGGAGGCCGAGCAGGGAGGAGGAUCGACGGCUUCGCAAUCCUCCUCCUCUAGCUCAUCUUCCUCAUCAUCAUCCUCCUCCUGCAUGUUCCUGUCUGACCCAGACUCCCACAGGCCCGAAACCCCUCCCCUUCUAGAGCUGCCGGACAACGAGGACAACCUGCGCCCCAUCGUCCUGGACGGCAGCAACGUGGCCAUGAGCCAUGGGAACAAAGAGGUCUUCUCCUGCCAGGGGAUCAAACUGGCGGUGGACUGGUUCUUGGAGCGCGGGCACAAAAACGUCACUGUUUUUGUGCCCGCCUGGAGGAAAGAGCAGUCCCGGCCCGACGCCCUCAUCACAGACCAAGAGAUCCUGAGGAGGCUGGAGAAGGAGAAGAUCCUGGUGUUCACCCCGUCCCGUCGGGUCCAGGGCCGCCGGGUGGUCUGCUACGACGACCGCUUCAUCGUCAAACUGGCCUACGAGUCUGACGGCAUCAUCGUCUCCAACGACAACUACAGGGACCUGGCCAAUGAGAAGCCGGAGUGGAAGAAGUUCAUCGAUGAGCGACUGCUCAUGUACUCUUUCGUCAAUGACAAGUUCAUGCCACCAGAUGACCCUCUGGGGCGUCACGGACCCAGCCUGGAGAACUUCCUGAGGAAAAGGCCUGUCAUUCCAGAGCACAAGAAGCAGCCUUGUCCUUAUGGUAAGAAGUGCACUUAUGGUCACAAAUGUAAGUUCUACCACCCUGAGAGAGGACCCCAGCCACAGCGCUCAGUGGCGGACGAGCUGCGAGCGAGUGCUAAGAGCUCUUCAGGCAAAAGCCUCGGUGAUCUGGGGCUGGUGAAAAGCCACAGCAUGCCCUCCAGCAUACGGCCCGACGGGGGGCUGGACAGUAAGCGCAGUGCGCUCAAGAGGCAGUCAGACCCUGGCAUCCGUGCCGUUUCCUACAGCGACCUGGAAGACAGGCUGAGCUCUAGAGCCAAGCCGGAGACACGCAAGAGCAGUAACGGCCCCACUCCUCCUCCGCCUGCCCCUCCACCCGUCCAAUGUUACCCUCAGGGCCAGAGGGUGCCUCCCGCGGGCGCCCCCUCUAAACCCCCUGGCACGGCCCUGUCGGCCUGCGCGGAUCACUACCCCGAGGGCGAGCCCCUGGAGCUGGGCUACUACUCCCUGGUGAAGGGGUACUCCGGCCUGAGCCUGUCGGCCCCGCGCAGUCCCGAGCGGCGCUUCCCCGGGGAGGCCGAGCUGCGCAUCAGCUCGGUGUUGUCGGACUGCAGCAGCGAGGGGGGCGGCAGCUGCGGGAGCAGCUCCGACUCCUACAGCGCGGGGUACAGCGAGCGGGCCUGCAUGAGCUCCCCGGACUCCCUGCUGGAGGACAGCCUCAAGUGCCACCACCACCACCACCACCACUACCCCCACGUGUCACCUCCCCUCCCUGCCCCCAACCCCCACGCCCCCCACUUGCUCCCACAGCCGUUCGUCCAGGGCUCUCAGAGUUUGCCGCGCGUGCACGGCUUCGGCUACGAGGGGCCGCCGAGUCUCCACCACAAGCACCCGUUUCCUUACCUGCCCCUGCACCUGAAGCACCCCCCCAUGGGGGCGCGGUCGAGCUGCCCUCCUCUUCCCCAGAACCCCCCGCACUCCCAGGGCUCGCCUCUGAGCCGCUCCCUGCUGUCCACACGGGUGGACAGUGCCUCUGACUCCCGCCUGUAUGAGCUGUCCCCCCUGCACCCCAGAAAGCCCUGCUCCGGACAGGAGCAUCUGGGUGGCUGGGAGACGUACCAUCAGCAGCACCAGCCGGCACAGCCCUGCCACGAGCAGUUCGGCUUCCAGAGCCUGCCGGAGAGCCGCCCGCCAGCCUGGCGCCUGCCCUGGGGGCACCCCGCCUACCCGCCGGCCUAUCCCGCCCACACCUCUCCCCCCCAGCCGCUGGAGCCCCCCAACCUCACCCGCUACCAGGACGUGCGCGAGAAGGUUUUCGUCAACCUGUGCAACAUCUUCCCCACUGAGCUGGUGCGGCUCGUCAUGGAGAGGAAUCCACACAUGACGGACGCUCAGCAGCUGGCUGCUGCAAUCCUGACUGAGAAGUCCCAGCCAGGCUACUGA